UUCGGCUGUUGUUUCCGUGAGGUUGGCUUUAGAAGCCGGCUUCCGGUUCCUUACAUGCUGGUUAGAAGGCAUGGGACGUGUUACUGUGUGAACAGGGCUAUUUUACUGUGUAUGGGAGAGAUCACUGGGGAUGUUACAUAGAGUUGUCUAAUUGCGAGAGUUCAAGUUAGAGAUUUACAGACGGUAAUCGCCGGUCCCGAUUCUCCGAUGAAAGACUGACGAUGGCAAAAAUCCAACUAAAGAAUGAAAAGCCGUCUUCAGAUGCAAAAGAGACAAAAAUUGCAUCAAAGGUGACCACGAAACAGAAAAAGAAGAAGUUCUGGCCAAACCAACCCAAAAAAGUGACCAAGAAAAAUGAUGAUAAGAAAGUUAUUCCUGUGUUACCCCCCAAAAAUCCCCAGGAGUUUUCACAUAACUGGAAAGCUCUGCAAGAGUUGCUCAAACCAGAGAAACCGAGUCCAGCUGAUCCUUCGGCUUCUACAGAUGUACCUAAAAAAGAGCAAAAAGCCACCAAUAAGAAACAUGAUGGGCCUGAAACCCCAGCAGUCACCCCUAAAGUCAAUGGACGUUUGAAAAGUGCUCCAUCCGCAGCUAAGGGGGAUAAAACCAGUACAAAAACACAUCCUUCUGCCUCGGAAGCCAAUAAAAAAGGGGAGAAAAAGAGCAAGAAAAGGAAAAUUGAGGAGGGGGUAGAAAGGAGCAUUAAGCAGAAAAAAAUCAAGACCGAAGAUAAAAAGAAGUCUGACAAGGGAAACGUGGUAGAAGCUCCAAAGAUUGACAUCUGGUUCGAUGACGUGGAUCCCGAAGAUAUCGAGGCAGCCAUGGGGCCCGAAGCUGGAGAGAUCGCCCGUAAGAUGCAAGGCGUCCCCGAGAAACACUCGGAUUCCACGGAUACGGUUCUAGUGAAGGGUCGGGCGUUUGAUGGGCUAACGAGGACUGUGGCCAUAGACUGUGAGAUGGUCGGCGUGGGCCCAGAAGGAGAAGAUAGCAUCUUAGCUCGGGUGUCCAUUGUCAAUCAGUUUGGGAAAUGCGUGUACGAUAAACAUGUCAAGCCAACAGAACGAGUGACGGACUACAGGACGGCCGUGAGCGGCAUCCGGCCUCAGGACAUCAAGAACGGAGAAGACUUCAAAGUAGUUCAGAAAGAGGUGUCUGAUAUCCUGAAAGGACGUAUUUUGGUUGGACAUGCUUUGCACAAUGAUCUCAAGAUUCUCCUUUUGGACCAUCCGAAAAAGGCCAUCAGAGACACGCAAAAAUACAAGCCCUUCAGGCAAAGAGUGAAGAGCGGGCGCCCAUCUCUCAAAUUGCUUUGUGAGAACAUCCUGAAUGUGAGGGUGCAGACCAAGGAGCACUGCUCGAUCCAAGAUGCCCAGGCCGCCAUGAGGUUAUACACGAUGGAGAAGAAGAAUUGGGAAGCUCAAAUUAAAGCAAAGUACUUGCGGGUGAAGCCGGGCCACCAGAAAGAUAAACCCACGCCUUCUGGUUGA